UAUAAUACAAUUUAAUUUGAAAUUCUUUUUCACUUAUCCACGAGUGGUACCUGUCAUCCCACUCAAAUUAAACAGGGCCCAGACAGUAGGGUAAAUUUUCUGCGUGCCCACUUAAUUGUGGGAUGUCUCCCCAGUGUAUAAUAUGAUAUGAUAUGAUUAUGAAUUCAAAUUAUAAUGAUAUAUAUGACUUCCUUGUAUUCUCUAAAAUUCCGGUAAAUGUUAAUAAGGCUAAUUUUCUAAGAAAGAUAACCGCCUUCAAGAUUAUAGAAAAUCAAUUAUUCUAUGGGGAAAAAGAAAGAAAAGUUAUACUGACAGGAGAUGAACAAAAAAAAAUAAUUAAAACAAUACAUGAGGGGGGUGUAUCUACAGUUGCAGGUAUUGCUAUGGGAGGGCAUCUGGGGAUUAAUAAAACUAAUCAAAUAAUAGCUGAAAACUUUUAUUGGUUGGGGAGCAAUAAAAGUGUUAGAGAGUUUAUCAAAUCCUGUGAGGUUUGUCAAAAAUCAAGCAGUCGUUUUGAUAAAACCUCAAAGCUUUACACAAUAUUAAAGUUGUGCCAAAGUCUUGGUAUCAAAUUGGCAUCGAUUUAAUCCAGAUGCCAGAAUCCAAGGAAAAAUACAAAUAUAUUUUAUGUGCCAUAUGCUAUUUUUCAAAAUAUUUAAUGGCUAUUCCUAUUAAGGAUAAAACAGCUAAAUCUGUUGUAAAAGCCUUAUACAUCAUUGUCAACACCCACCAAUGCUAUGAAAUUCAGAUAAAUGAUCAAGGCAGGGAAUUCUGUAACAAUGUUUGUACAGAAUUCCAUAAAUAUUGUGGGAUUGUCCAGAGAGUAACCUCAGCCUACCACCCACAAGCAAAUGGUUUGGUUGAGCGAGUUAACAGAACAAUCCAGAACCGAAUAGCAAAAUCGGUUUUGGAUAUCCCAACUGACUGGCCAGAUGCUUUGGUAGGGGUGUGUGGCACCUACAAUUCUUGCAUACACUCUUCUACGGGAUUUUCGCCCUAUGAACUGAUGUAUGGUCAGAAACCACGACGCCCUCUUACAUUACAAAACAAUAUUGAGGAUGUAUUAGCCUUACCAGAGGUUAUGGCAAAAAUAACAAUUGAUCAUUGUUUAAAAGAAGAGUUAGAAAUUAAAAUGGCUCAUCUUAAAAAAAUAACCGAACUGGCUAUACAAAAUAUUGGUAUAGCCCAGCUUAAACAAAAAAAGGAUUACGAAAAAAGAUCAAAUGGUUCUAAAUCUUUUAUUUUGGGACAAAAGGUUCUUGCUUGGAACCAUAAAAGGUCAGACAGGAAAGGGGGGAAAAUGUUGAACCCCUGGAUAGGCCCUUAUUUGAUCAAUAAAAUAUUUGAUAAGGGUGUAUAUGAAUUAAUAACCACAAAUAAUCUCAUAUUAAAAACAAAAUAUAAUUUAUCCAAUUUAAAAGAAUUUAUUGUAAGAAACAAUGAAUAUCCAGAUGAAAAUGAUAGUAGUUCCCAAAAUGGCCUUUAUGAUCAAAUUAUUCCACUUGCUAUGGAGUUUGUUGAUCCAAAGUCUCCCAGAGCAGCACAUGUGUUACCUAUAGAUAGUGGUUCCCAAAAUGUUGAGUUUGAAGAUAAAAAUAUUCAGCUUGACAGGGAUUUUAUCAAUCCAAAAACUCCCAUAGAAUUGGAUGAUGAUAUUUUGAUGAUAAAUAAAUUAGAAAAUAUCCCUAGAUAUUUUUUUCCUACAACAAAGGUAUGGAAAAAAUAUCAUGCUAAAAUAUAUGGUUUAAAGCCUCCCAAACGUUGUCGGGAUGUAGACUAUGGGAAACAACUUGGUGAACCCACCAUCCUGGUGCAAAUUGAAGGUGAUGGGAAUUGUUUUUAUAGGGCGAUUAGUGUAGAGCUUACUGGAGCUCAAAAUUCCCAUGUUAUUCUCAGGCAAUGGUUGGCACAAUUUAUGCUAACAUCCGAGAUGGGAAAGGUAAUUGAAAAUUAUCUUUACGAGAUGAACAAAAAAAUAGAGAUAAAAACUUAUGUCUCAAAUAAUGUAAUGACACAGAAGAUAUGGGCUUCUGACACAGAAGUCAGGGCGAUGGCCACAAUGUUAAAUAUGGCUAUUUUUACUUAUAUAAAAUAUAAUGAUAAUUUUGUAUGGGCCCGAUAUGACCCAUUUUAUAUUCGCGACAAUAUAAAAAUAUUUAAUAAUAAUUUUAUUUAUAUAAAAAAUGGGGGGAGUCAUUUUGAAAAUGUUUUAGAUUGCGAUUUAUCUUCCAUCUAAUCACUAUUUAUUAUUU